AUGAGCUCCGACGAACACGUUUCGUCAUGGCAUCCCGCUCUGAUGCCUAACAGCAGUGCUUCUGCCACUGUCGACGGCCAUCCCUCCGCUCCUGCACACAUCCAACCACCACCGGUCCAAGAUUCUUUGGAGGGAUCCGAACCAUACGCGCACCACACAACCACAUCAUCUGCAGACUCACCCGCGCAACCCGAGGCCACCGCCGAUCUUGAUGCGUCGCUGAUCAACGAGCCAACCGAACUCACGUCCACUUCCGAAGCUACCAUGCCUCCGGUCCCUGACCCGAUACCCCAGGACGAGAGCGCCAUACCAACAGCCUGGUUCGCAGAGGAACCACCACCUGAGGUGCAAGCCGCCGGCCCUGUUCUCGGCCACUCGAGCACUGUUUCCUUCGCCCGAACUGUGUCGCAUGACAUCAACUUCCACGAUGACGAGGAUGCCGACUGGAACCUCUCCCGAACCGACACGGACCCCUUCAAGUUCAUGCCUCCCUCUGACAGGACCAACUCGUUCCCGGUCGUCCCCCCAGCGAGCCCGCCCGGCGCGUCGGCAGGGACUCAACCGCUUCCCGCGACCGAGGCCCAACAUGUAAUUCAGGCGACGGAGCAGCACCAGGACGACCUUGACGCUCCUCUGUCUGAACGAGCAAUCUCUCCAGCCCACCCUCACUUUGCCGACGACCCGUCUGACACGCCUCAUAUCAACGGUUACUCGGAGCAAGCGCGGUAUGUAGGACGCGACAUGACGGACGCCGAUGAGGACGAUGUCGGUUCGCGAUUCGAGGAAGGCCUGCCUCUCAUUCCUCGCGCGCCCGAGCACACGGAGACUGCCGCCUCAGCCUCCUUCUUCGACCACGAAGCCUCGGCCGACGACGACUUUUUCAGCCAUGUGCAGGAUGCUGGCCACGAUGAUACGCCGCCCACGCUGGAGCGCAAGUCAACGAUGCAGGUACUCGGUGCCUUUGGCACGAACCCACUGUCGCGAGCGGAUACGCUGGAAGGGAUGGCCGAGGAGGAUGAGCAUCAAGCGACGCCGUCGCAGGCUUUGGCUACAGAGGACGACUCCAGCAAGCCCGCUCCUGAGGAUCUGGCCGCCAAAUGGCAAGAGGCAUUCGCCGGAGACGACGAUGAUGAAUUCCUGCUCGACGACAACGCUGGCGACUCGAAGCCAGUUGAUCCCGCCGCAUUCUUUGGCAGUGAUGACGAAGGUUUCUUGGACGACGACGACGACGACGAGACCACGGCAUCCGCGCCGGCUGUGCAGCCACCCAGUCUGCCAGCCGCUCAACAGCAAAGCCUGCAAGGACGAUAUACGCCGCAGAGCCCAUCUUUCCCGUUUCCCAAGGCUGCCGCCACCCCGUCGCCUUACGUUCCUGUGGCGGCGGCGCCGCCCCAGACGCCUACAUCAGCAUAUGCGCCUUCGCCUGUGGUCACUUCAUUCCCAGCCCCAACGUCGUACGCUGCUCAGUCCCAGCCCUCGCCCAUCCAAGCUGCAUAUGGCAUGCCGCCGCCCCCGCGUCCCGAGGCAUCCAAAGCCCAGAGCUUCGCCGACAAGAACAAGGGCGGCUACACCUCGCCCUACGACUUGCCCAUGGAUGUCAAGCCGCGCAAGCGAGCCAGUAUGCAACAGCUGCCGAGAGCUCAGCACGGCCAGCACGGCCAGCAGGAUCGACGCAUCAGCGCACAGUUUGAGCCGAGGGUCAACCGCGUUUCGUCGCUGCCGCCGACGCAGGAGGUUGAGGAAGACGAAGGUGCGAAGGCCGAACAGUCGCCUCAGCCUGUUGAUGCGUAUGCCCCUCUUGGCGCGACGCCUGCAUCGCCACCUCUUGCACGCCACACCCCACCGCCGUCCGCCCAUGGGUAUGGCCCAUCCAUGUUGUCGCCCCCCAAGAGAGCUGCGGCCAACUACACGCCUCAGCCGCAAUCGAACCCCCUGUCACCCGAGCAGAGGUUCGCGCCCCCGAUGAGGUCGCAGACACAAUCGCCUGGCUCACUCCAAAGCCGCUACCAACCCAGUGAAGCUGCUGCACGUCCGGCAUCCUCGCAUGGUGCCGCUGCUCCGCAAGCAGCGCAGCCCGCCAGUGCUCAGCACUCAUAUGCCGCAGCACCUCGCACGGGUCGCCACCGAGCUCCUUCUCAGAGCUUGAACAUGGUCGCCCCUACCGAUGGACGUGAAAAUGACCCACUCAAGAGGUGGAAGGGAGCACCUGUCUUCUCGUGGGGUAUCGGUGGCACCAUCAUCACAUCUUUCCCCAAGGAGAUCCCACGCUACGGCAUGGGCCAAACGGCACCCAUGAUUGUGCGUACGCCCGGCGAAGUGCGCGUCAAGCAGGUGAAAGACAUUGAGCCUCUCGAAGACCGGCUGGCCAAAUUCCCUGGACCUCUCAAGGGGAAGUCGAAGAAGAAGGAGACUAUUUCCUGGCUGACUGCCGGGAUCGAGUCACUGGAGGCAAACUUGCCAGGGCAGACGUACAGCUCUCAAAUCACCCACGAGGACAAGCGAACGACUGAGCGCGUCUUGUUGUGGAAGAUUCUCAGGACGUUCAUCGAAUUCGAUGGCGCUCUCGAAGGCGGCGCAGAGGUCGAGGCCGCCGUGCGCGACAUUCUCUCGCCAGAAGCAAAGGACGAGGCAGCUGAGGCAGCUCCUCUUUACGCGGAUGGCGCAGCUGGUGUUGCGUUCCCAGCCACUUCCACUCAGAUGCAGGCAGAUGGUGUUGACUCCCAAACUGUCGUCUCUAUCCGCAAGCACCUCCUCGCUGGUGAUCGGGAACAAGCGGUCUGGGCAGCUGUCGACAAGAGGCUCUGGGGUCAUGCCAUGCUCAUCUCGAACACGGUGUCGCCGGAUCUGUACAAGCAGGUCGCCCAAGAGUUCGUGCGUAAAGAGGUCAACUACCCGGGGCGUAACAACGAGUCGAUUGCUGCACUUUACAAGGUCCUGUCAGGCAAUUUCGAUGAGUGUGUCGAUGAGCUGGUCCCCAGCCAUGCUCGUGCUGGCCGCCAGCUGAUGACCACGGCCGCGACUGCCGAGCCAGCCAAGGACGCCCUCGAUGGCCUCGACAAAUGGCGCGAGACCCUAGGGUUGGUGCUCAGCAACCGGAGCCCCGAUGACACCAAGGCGCUGAGCGCACUGGGCGAUCUCUUGUCGACAUAUGGCAGAGCUGAAGCCGCACACAUUUGCUUCCUCUUUGCCCGCAAGACGAUAGUAUUCGGGGGUCUCGACGAUCAAACAGCCAGCUUUGUCCUCCUGGGCGCUGACCACAAGACUCAAGCCGAGCAGUUCGGCAAGGAAACAGAGGCACUGCUGCUUAGCGAGGUGUUCGAGUAUGGCCUUUCGCUUGCGAACGGGGCCAACUCGGCCGGCGUGCCGCACCUCGCUGCCUAUAAACUCCAGCAUGCCGCAACUCUGGCGGAGCAUGGCUUUAGGGACAAGGCGCUGCAAUACUGCGAUGUCAUUGCCAACUCGAUCACUGCACAGACAAAGAGGUCUCCGUACCACCAUGCCCUGCUCGAGGCUGCGGUAGAUGACCUGUCCAAGAGGCUCAAGCAGGCGCCGAAGGGCGAAUCUUCGUCCUGGAUCUCCAAACCCAGCAUGAACAAGGUCUCGGAUAGCAUGUGGAACCGCUUCAACAAGUUUGUUGCCGGCGACGAGGCCGACGGUUCUGGCACCGCCACGCCAGGCGAGCCCGGCGCGGAGACUGGGCCAUUUGGCCGCAUUGCCGGAGGCACACCUACCAUCAGCCCGUCUCCUUCCGUAUCGAACUUUGACGUGUACGGGAACAACAAUCCCGGCUACCCAGUCACUGCUCCUGCAGCACUUGCACAGGGGACGAGGGCAGCAUCGCGCUACGCACCCAUGGGAGCGCAGCCGUCUACACCGACGACUUCGUAUGAGCCGACGUCGGGUUAUACGCCUGCGGCGCAGUCGACUCAGCCGUCGAACGACUACGGCCGUGCGUCCUUUGAUGCGCCGACUCGCACCUCUAUCGACUCGCAGUCUGGUGUUACCGCAGGCAGCUAUACUCCGCAAGCCUACAACCCUGCACCCUACGGUGCGCCUCUGGACGGCCAUGCACCCCAGCCUGACCCCGCUCCGUCUGCCUAUGGACCGUACGGCGGCUUGCAAGAAGCUCCGGUCAUCACACACCAGGGAUCGCCAGCGCCUCCUGCCGAUGCGCCCACCCAAUUCACUCCUCAGGGGGAUCAAGGCUACCAGCCGCCCUCGUACGGCUAUGAACCUUCGUCUUUUGUCACGAACGCAGGCCCGGAUUCCCAACAGGCCGAGCCCGAGGAUGCUGCAGCUAGCGGAGGGUACGAAGCACCUUCGUACCAGCCCUACAGCUACGAGCCACCGACCUAUGACCCGGGCGUUGAGCCAUCCAACGACGACAAUGACGAUGAUGACAAGCCAAAGCCAAAGAAGAAAAGCUUCAUGGAUGACGACGAGGAUGAUAUUCCCGCGCUGCGGCCGCAGGGGAAAUCCAAGUCGGAGAAGGACAAGGAGAAUGACGAGAUGUUCAGAAAGGCCGCCGAAGAAGAUGGUAAGAUUCAACCUAGGCAUGCCCCUUUUCUUUGUCACAACGAAGCUAAUAGCAGUACAGCCAAGAGAGCAGGUGAACAGAGCGCAGGCAAGAAGGGAUGGGGCUUCGGCAGUUGGUGGGGUGGCAAGAAGGACGCCAUGCCGGAUUCCAACCCAGGCAACAAGCCGAUCCGUGCCAAGUUGGGCGAGUCGAGCAGCUUCGUCUACGACCCCGAAUCAGAAAGCGAUGGGGUCAAGAAGGCCGGGGCCGAGCAGACACGGCCGGGCCGAGCAGACACGUUACCACCCUCCACCGCCCAAGGCCAAGUCGACCGCACGCCCCCCCUCGUCGUCGUCGGGCGCCAUGGGACCCCCUGGCGGACCCCCUCGGCCGCCUAUGCCGAUCGGCGCAGGCAGCCUGUCAAAGGCUCCUUCGCGGGAGAGCCUUGA